AAAUAUAUUUUAAAUACAAAAAACUUAAACAAUGAUUAAUUUAUUUAUUUUUUCUUCAAAUUUAAAUAUCCGAACCCAAUCCAAAAUAUCCAAACCCGAACAUAAAAUACCCGCUGAGAAGUACUUCAACGGAGAUAUGGUCACCGACCACAGUCCAAGACUUAUGUGUCCUCUGCCAAAUCAAGAAGCUUCAAUCGAUAGAAUCUUUGUUGGUCAGAAGAAAAACUCGAAGAACUCCUCUGAAACUCCGAGUCUUCGGUCUGAAUCCAGCUGGAAUAGCCAGAGCUUGUUGCUUCAGAACAAAUCUGAGAACAAGAUGAAGAACCACAAUAACAGCUCUGUCUGCAACAGUCACUUGCAGUCGCAGGAGAAGAAUAUUAGUAGCAAUCACAAGUCGAAUAACAAGAAGAGUUUUCUCGCGAAUCUUGGCUGCAGAUGCGUUUGUUCUAACUGGAGUUCAGUGGAUGUCGUGGAAGAGAAGACAAGAACCUCUGGUCUGAAGAAGAUUAAGACGCAAUUGAGUCUAAGCUCAGAGAUGAAGCUUCAUCAGCAACAACAAGAAGCAAUAUUAGAGCAGAGGAAGUCUCUAGAAAUAUUUGGAUCUCCUCUCAUUGAGAAGAGAAUCAUUUCAAAGCAUCUUCCAUGGGAUCACUCGAUCUCUGCCAAAACAGAGGAAGAUGGGAGUGCGAGCGAUUUGAGCUCAGACCUCUUUGAGAUCGAAAGUCUAACAGGGAACGCAAAACCAUUUCUUGCAAGGCAAGAAAGCAGCGAACCAGAGUCACCGGAUUGUUAUGCGCCAAGUGAAGUAAGCAUAGCGUGGAGUGUAGUAACGGAAAGUGUGGCGGAUUACUCUGUUGUGUCUGAAUGUGCUACAAGUCCUGUCGACAACCGGUCUUUCCAGGCUACUCGAAUCCCUAAAAUCGCCAAAUCAAACCAAGAAACGGGGUCUCAGAGACGGAAACCUAGCAGUGGUGGUUUAUUGUUGGGCUGCAAGAGUCAUAAAUCUGUCAGAGUUUCAGGUGAUUCGUACACAAGCUUGAACAGAACACCGAGUUAUGUUCCAAGGUUCCCUUUAGAAGCUAAUCCAUCAAGUAUUGAAACACGGAGGAAGGUAAGCAGUAGUUCCGUUUCUCGCACGCAACCCCCUUUCAUGUAUAUUCAGUGAAACAUAAGCUCCUUUGGCUUUGCAUGUAAUGUCUAUUGAGUGUAAAAAAUGAUCUGCUUUGCUAAUUACUACUUUUUUUUUUUUUUGCUAAUUA